GAAACAAGAAUGGAUCUAACACAAGUACUACACAUGAAUGGAGAUGUGGAAGAAGCAAGCUAUGCAAACAACUCCUUAAUUCAGAGAGAGGCCAUUUCCUUGGCAACAUCUGCGAGAAUUAAAGCCAUAACAAACCUAUAUUGUAGCUUGUGCCCUAGAAGUUUAGAUAUUGCAGAUUUGGGUUGCUCUUCCGGACCAAAUGCAUUGUUGGUGACUUCAGAAAUAAUCAAGGUUGUAGAAAAGCUUUGUCAAGAGAUAAAUCAUAAAUCUCCGGAAUAUAACGUCUUUUUGAACGAUCUGUCGGGGAAUGACUUCAACAGCAUAUUCAAAUCUCUUGACACAUUCAAAGAAAAACUAUGUAAUGAAAUGGAAACUGAAAUGGGUCCUUGCUACUUCUUUGGUGUUCCUGGUUCCUUUUAUGGUCGACUUUUUCCUAAUAAUAGUUUGCAUCUUGUCCAUUCUUCGUAUAGCCUUCAUUGGCUAUCUAAGGUUCCACGAGGUGUAGAUAAUAAUAAGGGCAAUAUUUAUAUCACGAUCACAAGCCCCUCAAAUGUUCUCGAGGCUUAUUACGAGCAAUUUCAUAUAGAUUUCUCUCUUUUUCUCAAGUGUCGUGCUCAAGAAAUAGUUGAAGGGGGUUGCAUGAUACUAACAUUUUUAGGAAGAGAAAGCGACGAAUUAUUAAGCAACGGUGUUUGCUACGCUUGGGAACAUUUGGCUACAGCUCUUAAUGAUAUGGUCAUGGAGGGAAUCAUAGAAGAAGAGAAACUCAAUACUUUUAACAUUCCAAAUUAUUAUCCAUCUCCAUCUGAAGUGAAAUUGGAAGUUAAAACUGAAGGAUCAUUUUCCAUCAAUCAAUUGGAGGUUUCAGAAACAAAUGAGCAUGCUCUUGAAUCUAAUAUUUCUGAAUCACUAACAAAAGGCACGAGGGCUGUAAUUGAACCUUUGUUAAUUAGGCAUUUUGGUGAAAGUGUCACUACAGAGGUAUUUGACCGCUUUAGGAAAAUAAUAAAAGCUGGAAUAUCCAAAGAGAGAACUAAGAUCACCAAUCUUACCCUAACAUUGACUAGAAAAGCAUGA